ACAGACCUCCAAGUCUCUUUGUAAAAAUAAAAUGAUGACACUGACACCUUUCUAAGGGUGUUUUUGUGACAUGUAGUUGUGCUCCAAUAUCAAACGAAAAUCACCUCUACAAAAAAAUGGAUUACUCUGUAAAUUUCAAUCUUAUUCAUUUUAUAUUAUAUAUUAUCUAUUUUAAUAUUUUGCCUUUCAAUAUAAUUUAUGUUUGUCUUUUACUUUAGAAAAAAAUGUUAAAGGAGCUUUCUGAAAUUUGGUUGAUUUCACAUUGCGUAACCCAUAAAGAAACGUUUCAAUGUUUUCAAUGCUUUAACUGGUCACAUGUUUAUCACCAUUUUUAAUGAGCUUUUAGUUAAUUUUGAUAGCUCUGUGGUGUGGUUUAUAUAUAGUGCAUUACAGUAUGCAUUGUGGAGAAUUUGUGGGUGAAAUGGGCUUAAUUAUUACAAUGUAAACAACGUAAUGGUGAAUAAUAUGGAUGUCCCGAGACCGCAGUGCACAUGUUCCAUUCUGAGCCACUGCUUAAUGGGUGUUUUUGUCUGUUUUAGUGUGUUUGUAAUGGCUGCGUCUCAACUCCUGGAAGAGCAUGAUGAAAGAGAAAAUGAAAGCUACCAUGUGAUGGUGAUGGUGGAGGACAGGACAAACCCCCUGGCCACACCCAAAGGAUGGACAAACCCCUCCGUGAACACGGCCAGAGAUGCUCACAUUGACGACAAGUCGAACGUUAGUAAACCACAGCGGUUUGCGCACGGCUUCCGUAAAGCCUUGCGCAAAAACCAGGACUAUAUCAGCAUCCCUGUCUCAAAGCCCAACGCCCCUCAACUGCCGUCGGAGUGGUGGAAGACGGGAAUUACGUUCAUCUGGGCGGGUUUCAACCUUGUUCUCACGACUGUCAUGAUCACCAUCGUCCACGAGAGGGUUCCAGAUAAAUCCGUCAGCCCGCCGUUACCCGACAAGUUCUUUGAUUAUGUUCCGCAGGUGGAGUGGGUGUUUUCAAUCACAGAGGUGAACGGAAUGAUUCUGGUGGCGCUCUGGUUCAUCCAUUGGCUCUUCCUUAAGCACAGGGCGAUCGUGGGCCGAAGGUUUUUCUUCCUACAGGGAAUGUUGUAUUUAUAUCGUAUGGUGACCAUGUACAUCACAACUCUCCCUGUUCCCAGCAUGCACAUGAACUGCGCCCCGAAGCUGUAUAAUGACUCUCAUGGGAAGAUCAAGCGUAUCUGGCAGCUGGUGUCUGGAGGAGGUUUGUCCAUCACCGGGUCUCAUAUGAUGUGUGGAGACUUCCUGUACAGCGGCCACACGGUCAUGCUCACCCUCACCUUCCUGUUCAUCCAAGAGUAUUCCCCCUCCACUCUGCUGUGGCGUUGCUAUCAUGUGAUCUGCUGGUUGCUAAGCGCCGUGUCCGUGGUCUGUAUCCUCAUUGCACAUCAGCACUACAGCUUGGACGUGGUGGUGGCGUAUUUCAUCACGUCACGCCUCUUCUACUGGUACCACACCAUGACCAACAACCAGGCUCUGGGAUCUUCUAACAACUACCUGAACAGGACGUGGUGGAUCCCUGCAUUUAACUUCCUGGAGAAGAACGUUAAGACGACGGUUCCCUGCUCGUUCUCCUGUCCCGUGUCACUUCCUGCCGCCUUCAUGAACACGUGCAAGAGCUACUCGAAAGUGCAGAGCACACGCGACGCAUGACACGCUACACGCAUGUGGUGGUGUGUUGGGUAACAUAUCACCGUGCUGCUGUACAUCUGAGGGAAUGUUUGAAUGAAGAUCCUGUUUACUUGAAACACAUCUGCACGCCUCCGAUGGCUCGGCGUAGUGUGUGCCGUUCUGAAUGAAGGAUUGAAACACUCGUGUUUGCUUUUAUAGUUUUCUAUUUAUUUGUUCAGUGUCUUGUGCAAGUACAGCCUUUAUCUCAAUUUAAAUGUUAUAUAAAUAAAUGUGUGUAUUAAGACCAAAGAGUCUCAUUUUACAUCUUUUCAUCCGCUUCAAUUUCACAGUGUUCAGAAGAAACUGGUCAGAAAAAUAGUUUAAUCAGCUAAACUGAGUGAGUGAGUGUGUGUGUGUGUGUGAGUGUGUGUGUGUGUGUGAGUGUGUGUGUGUGUGUGUGUGUGUGUGUGUGUGUGUGUGUGUGUGAGUGUGUGUGUGUGUGUGUGUGUGUGUGUGGUUA